AUGUCCAAAGGUAACCAAACUUCUGUACAGAAUGGGGAACACUCUCAUGCUUGGAAGAACUACAAUGGAACACUGCCAUGCAAAACAAAUCUGCCAAGACAGAGCAACAGUGAUCGAUUUCAACGUUGUAGGCCUCGGAUUCUGAGAGCUAUAUCAGAACACAUCCGUUCUAAGUUAAACCUUAAAGAUGGGCCAGCAGACUGCAAAUUUCAACUGUGGAGUAUUCUCCUUUGCAGUGCAAUUUCAGAACACGCCCAUCAUAAAUCAACCUAUGAAAAGGGUGCAGCGAACAAUCAAUUGUAUGCUGUUCUGAUCACGGUUCUUGUAUCUUAUUACGUCCAUCAUGAACAAAUUAACAAAAAGGACAUAGCAAGUGAUCCAUUUGAAAACCUUCCAGAGGACAUCCGUUGUACAAUCUUAUCAAAGUUAUCUCUGAAAGAGGUUGUAAGAACUAGUGCUCUUUCAAGGAAAUGGAAAUGCUCAUGGACAGUCUGUCCCAAGCUGAGAUUUGAUGGGACUACAAUACGUAGCAAGAAUAUGCAUGGGAAACAACAAUAUAUCCAAAAGUUCAUCAGUAAUACUAAUGCAGUCUUGGCACAAUGCCAUGGCACAGUGGUAGAAGAGCUUGCGCAAUUUCAACUCAGCUUUGGAUAUAUCCAGCCACCAAUGAAAUUCAGUGGUUUCAUGAACCUUAAAAAGCUUGAUCUGCACCGUGAAGAUGUUGGCACCCUUUCUUUGAUCUCCUUCCUAAGGUCUGCUCCUUUCAUUGAAAAGCUCGAGAUGCAUGAUCGGAUGGGGGCCGAUCUGAGGGGUUGGGUGACGGCGGCGUGCUAUGUGGCCGCCCGGCUGAGGGUGGCCGGCGGCGGCUUGGCUGCUGUGGUCGGCAGCCUGGCAGGGAGGGGCGGUGGCCUAGCUGGAGAAGGUGGCGGCGGCUGGGAAGAGAAGAGAAGGGCGGCGCAGGGAGAGAAGGGGAAGGGAGAAGGGAUAAAGGGAUUAACCCUAAACUUGCUUAGUUUCUCAUUAAGCGUCUCCCUCAUAUAUAUAAGGGGGGUUACAAUCACUAAUGGGCCUAGCCCAAUAGCCUAA